AUGUAACCAUAACCUCAAAAAACGGGUUUGUCUGCUUUGAUAAACGGACUGUAAUAGAGUAGUAGCAAUUAAAAUCUGAGUAUUUUUUAGACCUUAUCAUAAGAUAAUGAGCAUUACAACCAGAAUUUAAGUGACAAAAAUAUUAACGCAUAGAAUUAAUAGGAUUCAAACAAUGAAGAUGAUGAAGAAGAAGCAAAAAGUUCAUCUUAAUAAAAUAGCAAAUCCAUAUUAUUCAAGCCAAUAAAAAAAAAACAUAAGGAUUUUAAAAACAAAAACUAAAUGAACAAUUUUAAUUCUGAAUCUCAAAAAUAAAAUGUGAUUUAAGAUAAGAUUACAGGAGCAGGAGUAUUACUUUGGGAGAAAUUCUCACUUUCAGAAGAAGAAUAUAUGUUAAAGAAAGAAAUUUUAAAACAAGAAGCAGUUCAAAAAGAAGGAUACACAAUUCUUCUAUUCGGAUAAAAAGAGAAAAAAGGAAAAUUUAAAGAUUAGAUACUGUACACAGAUCCUGGUGGAAAAAUAGACAAUAAUGAAAGUAGCCAAAAGAUUGCAAGUAGAGAAUUAUUUGAAGAGAGUUGUGGAACAUUUUAAAUUGAUGAGCAGUAUUUUGACAUAAAAAAAAGCUUUAGAAUGGGAGGAAGCUAUAUACUAUACAAUUUAAAUCUGGAAUCUAUUGGAGAAAAGAAAAUCGAUUUAUAAAAAUUCAACAAAAACUAUGAUAUUUUAUAAAGUAAUGAAUAAACACCUGUAUUUUGGCUUGAAAGCUUAGCAAUUACUAGAAUAUUUGCAGAUGAGUUAAAAAAAAUAGAUCUAUAUGAAAACUUUCACAUUAUAAAUCUAACAGAUGCAUAUGGGAAAGAAAUAUAAAUAGGUAGAAGAUGCAUUGCUAUUCUUAGAGCUCUUACUAAAUCUCCUAAUGUUUAUAAUUUUUAAAAAAGUCAAUUAUUGAUCAAUAGCAAAGUUUAACUUUAUUUAGAAGAAAAUAAUGACGAAAAUUUGUUACAAAUAUAUCCUUGGUUGAAAGAUACUUUAACAUAUAAAUCAAAACAGCUUAAUUGA